AUGGUUUGCAGGUGGGUUGGAAAUGAUAACAGUUUUAGAGUUAUUCAAAAGUUGGUGCCCUUUAGAGUUGUUGAUGUGUUGAUGAGCUUAGGUUUAGAAAUAGGUGGUUUAGAGAUUCCCUUUGAUGAAGUAGUUGGUGGAUUGGUUGGUGAAAUGUUCAAAUCAAAAACCAUCAGUUUGAAGGACUUGACAGACAUGUUUAAUGUCAUUGUUGAUGAUAAAAACAUUGAAGUCGAUGUAGUGUGUAGGUUAUUUAUAUUAGUUUGUUUGGUUGUUUUCUAUUUCCCUAGGAAAUCAAGGCAUGUUUGUAACAUGCCUUUUGGAGUGUUAGAUGACUUAGACCGUUUGUGUCUAUAUGAUUGGUGCACCGGUGUACAUAAACACAUUGUAGAGAAUUUAAAUAAAUGUAAGAAGAAAAUUAUGGGAGCAGGUAUCCCCCAGUCAGUCACUCUCAGUGGCAAUGUGGCAGUGUUGCAGGCUUGGGCGGUUGAGAGACUUUCUUUGCAUGGUCAUCCUUCGCACCGGUUUUUCCCGCGCAUAAUGAGAUGGUUCCCGUUUAAAUCAAGGACCGAAAAAAUUGAAAAUAUUUUUAUGACCGGAGAUUUAAAUAUGGAGUGGUAUAUACGAAAUGAAGAUCGUCAUAGGCCGGAAAUCCGUGCAGCUUUCAACAUGGAUGACGGAGGAAUGAGUGAAGGAUCCAAGGUUGAAAAAGACGAUGAUGAAGACGAAAGCUCUGAUGACGGGGCAUGGGAAGCAGGUGCGGAGGAGAGAUUGAGGAAAAAUAACGAACAUAUCAGAGCAUUGAAUGCCAAGAUUGGAGUUCUGACUAGGGAGCUAUUUGAAAUUUAUCAAACUCCAAUCUUUCAUGAAGAAGAUGCAUGUGCCACUGAUGAAGAGGUUGGGGGUGGAGUUGGAGGUGAGGAGAAUGCUGAAGUUGGGGGAGAAGAAGAAGGUGAUGGACAUGGAGUUGGAGGUGAGGAGAAUGCUGAAGUUGGGGGAGAAGAAGAAGGUGAUGGAAAUGAAGUUGAUGACCCCCUAGGUGCACAUGCUGAAGUAAGAGGGGAUGAUGAAACUGUUCGUAACAUUAAUUUUAUUGAAAUAGAAGAUGAUGGUGAUGAAGGAGAACCGGAGGUCGUGCCAUUGGCUAUACCCCCAUUGCGGAGUUUUGUUGGUGAUCCAAGCACUAGUGUGGAUGUAAACCAAUUGUAUACAGCAGUCAGCAUCAGAGAGAUGAACGUACACAGGGUUGUAAGCGAGAUAAUUGGCCAAAGCUUGAGCACUACUUCAAUUUACACUUUGGCCCCAAUGAAAUACGUUGAUAACAUGGUGGUGUUCUUUGCUUGUACGGUCUUUAUGUACUUUGAGAAAAGGUUGUGCGGUGUUGUUAAGAGGUUUCAUUUUAGUCCAUUAUACUCGCACCAUAUUCUUACAGAUUAUAGGAAACGUCCACAGAAUCGCCAUGUAUUCACGCUUCAUAACUAUAACACUUAUUUGCGUUCCGAUCAUUUUGGACUUGAAGAAUUACCCACGGCGGACUUUUUGUUUCUGCCAUUUGUCCACGAUGAUCAUUGGUGGUGUUAUUCAGUGAAAUUGAGGUCAAUGGAGAUUUUUGUGAUUGAUUCAUUGGGGAAGGGGAUCAGAGACCGCAAAAGGAUAGACACAGCCGUUGCUGAAAAUAUGGCACGGUUUUUUUGCAUCCUGAUGAAUAUACCGGAAGGUAGUAUUGGUCCUUUGACAUUUCUUCAACUGUACUGCCGGAUUAUAUUGUGA